AUUCAUUUCCACUUUGUUACCGUACAACAAAGUCAAUUUAUUUCAAAGAAAAUUUUAAGUUAGAAGUGCGUUAGCCCAAAGUAUGACACACUUGACGUGUGUCCUAAUUGCUGGCUUGUCCCAUCUGAUUCACUACUUCGCGUUGUCCUCAAAAGGUCCGAUGAUUCCGGGGCCACAGCUGCCCUCCCUGAUUGUGGUCGUGGCUGCGAUGGAUCUCAUUUGGGACAACUGCUUCAUUCCACGGCGAUUCGACAUUUUGCCGGCGGUUGUGAAGCGGAUCUACGAGUUGGCAGUGGCGUUCCUUCUCCUGGAGAUUGCCAUUGACGUCGUGUGGAGGACAAUGGAGCAAAUGUGCUUUCUGCUGAUCAAGAUAGUGCUGCUCGGAACGGACCUCGUGGCGGAGUCCAGCUACGAGAAGUACGAAGCGUUCUGGGUGGGCAGCGUGACACUGCCGCUGUCCUUGCUGAUCCUGGCAUACGUGGGCCAGGCCACACACCACUUCCACAUGCUGCACAACUACUUCUUCCGGGUGCAGACCAAGGUUACGCUGCAGGCGGACGGCGCCCUGUGGUUCCUGGGGAACAGUACGACUGCCACCAAGAAGAAGCUGCGCCACUGCAUCCCUGCUCUCGAAAGGCACAAGGAACUGGUCAACAAGCAGCGGCGGGGAAAGACCUUUGUCAGCCAGUUCAACCUCGGCAAGUAUCCGAAUGGCCAAUAAACAAGAAAUCCAAUACCUCGUCUUCAAUU